UGAAGCAGUCUGAGGCAGUCUGCAGCGCGUUCAUCUCGCUGAUGGAUUAACCUGGAGCUCUGACUUUACCAACACACAGGUGAACAACUGGAACAAUGAAUAUGUGGUGGCUCCCAAAGGUUUUGGUCCUUAUUGUGGUCUUAUCAAGCCCAACCAGAUGCCAAAACAGAAGGAGGAAAGGACAGAGAGAUGAUAGCCGCAUCAUCAUUAAUGAGGCCAAAACCCUGAUCUGCCCGGUGGAGAUCAUGUUCAUCGUGGACAGUUCAGAGAAAGCCAAAUCUCUGAUGUUUGAGCAGCAGAAAGACUUCAUCCUGCGCUUCAGCACUAAGCUCAUGCAGCUCCAGUCAGCCGGCUGGCGUCUGCGUCUGCGCCUGGCCGCCCUGCAGUACAGCAGCACUGUCCUCGUGGAGCACAACUUCAGAGACUGGCAGGACCUGGACGUCUUCCAGAGCCGGGUGGCCUCCAUGACUUUCAUUGGCCACGGCACCUACUCCGCCUACGCCAUCACUAACGCCACACAGGUGUUCAGCCGCGAGACGUCCUCCAGCAGCCUGAGGGUGGCGCUGUUGAUGACGGAUGGAACGGACCACCCACGCAGCCCCAGUGCUGUGACGGCUGCUGCUGAGGCCAAACAGCACAACAUCAGGGUGUUCACCAUCAGGCUGUCAGGCCUGCUGAGGGACAGUCCCAUGGGGACAAAACUAAGAUCCAUAGCCAGCGCCCCCCCACAGCAGCACGUCCUCAGCCUCACUGACAGCCAGCUGGAUGACAGACUCUUCAAUGAACUGAACACAAUUGUCAAAACUGGGUGCCCACAGCCAAAGACCUGUCUGUGUGAGACAGGGGAGAGGGGUCACCAUGGAAGCCCUGGGAAACCAGGCGAGCCGGGGUCUGAUGGAGCUCCAGGUCCAAAGGGGUCUCGCGGGGAACCUGGCAUUAAUGGACGUCCAGGAAUGGCGGGCCUUGAGGGUCGACAUGGCAGCAAAGGGGGAAAGGGAGAGGAGGGUGAAUGUGGUGCCCCUGGUAAAAAGGGAGAACAGGGUGCAGUUGGACCUCAGGGACCCAGGGGCCCAAGAGGAGAGCAGGGAACUGGGGGAGGACCUGGAGACCAGGGUCCAGAGGGGACACCUGGAUCUAAAGGCGAUCGAGGACCGAGGGGUGUACCUGGACCUCCAGGAGAUAAUGGCAUUGGGUUUCCAGGUUCCAAGGGUGACAAGGGAAACCAAGGAAGACCAGGUCCUCUUGGACCGAUGGGUAUAGGUGAACCAGGGACACCAGGCCCAGCAGGGCCACCGGGGAUGCAAGGAUCACCAGGGUUUCCUGGUGAGGGUCUUCCAGGGUCCAAAGGUGACAGGGGUUACGAGGGUCCCAAGGGCAGCCGUGGACCUCCAGGAGUCGGGUACAAAGGUGAUAAGGGAAACACAGGAUCCCCUGGGCUGCCAGGCAUAGUGGGGUUUCCUGGGGCAGGCAUACAAGGAGAAAAGGGGGACCACGGGCCAGUUGGGCCUUCUGGUCCCAGAGGACCUCCUGGACUGGGGAUAGUUGGACCAAAGGGUGACCAGGGUUUCCCUGGAGAACCUGGACCUCAAGGAGAGAGGGGUGUUGGUGAACCAGGACCAAAGGGGGAACCAGGGCCUGAUGGGGCUGCUGGGAUACCUGGCAUUCCUGGUGAGGACGGAGCUGUUGGGCCUAAGGGAGAGAUGGGGUUGGCAGGCCUGCGAGGCAUAGAGGGAGCACCGGGUAAAGGCAUCCCUGGAGAAAAGGGGGAUAGAGGGGACCGUGGACCAAGGGGACUUGCGGGCUCUCCAGGCCCUGUGGGUCCUUCUGGAGCGAAGGGAGAGCCUGGAAGUCCAGGGAUGCUGGGCCUACCUGGACCUGCUGGGCGUGGCUUACCAGGGUCAAAGGGUGAUCCUGGACCUGUAGGACCAACUGGACCUGUUGGAGAACCUGGUGUAGGAAUCAUUGGGCCGAAGGGUAACAAAGGGAAUAUCGGACCCUCAGGGCCACCAGGAAUGAAGGGGGAUGGCAUCCCAGGACCCCAGGGGCUCCCUGGUUUACCAGGAGUACAAGGAGAGAUGGGACCUGAAGGGAAAGGAAUACCUGGACCUAAGGGUAACAGAGGCUCGCCAGGUGUCCAGGGGCCAUCAGGUCCACCUGGAAUUGGACUUUAUGGACCGAAGGGCUCUACAGGGCAGCCUGGUCCUCCAGGCCUGCUAGGGCCUCCAGGAGAGGGCAUCCAGGGACCAAAGGGAGAGCCUGGGUUUCAGGGCCCAAUGGGCCCUCGGGGGGCACCAGGGGAUGGCCUUCCAGGGGAGAAGGGUGACAGAGGCGUUUCUGGAGACCGGGGAAAGAAAGGAGACAAGGGAGACUAUGGAGAGCCUGGAACUACUGGAACAAUGGGGAGACCUGGAGAGAAGGGAGAACCAGGACUGACGAGAGAAGAGGUCAUCAGGAUUAUCAGGGAAAUCUGUGGCUGUGGUCUCAAGUGCAGAGAGAGCCCUCUGGAACUGGUGUUUGUGAUAGACAGCUCUGAGAGUGUGGGACCAGAAAACUUUGAGUUGGUGAAGGACUUCGUGAAUGCUCUAAUCGAACGGGUGUCGGUGAGCCGGGAAGCUACUCGCAUCGGCGUCGUGCUCUUCAGCCACGUGGACUUGGUGGUCGUCAGUCUGCAGCAGGAGUCCAGCCAGGAAGAAGUCCAGUCCGCCGUCAGGAGGAUGCCUUACCUGGGCGAGGGCACCUUCACGGGCAGCGCUAUCCACCGGGCCAACCAGUUGUUCCAGGCGGCGAGGCUCGGCGUGAGGAAAGUGGCUGUGGUUUUAACAGACGGGCAGGCCGACCCCCGUGAUGCCAUGCAGUUUGAAGAAACGGCAAUAGCGGCCCACGCACAGGGGAUCGAGAUGUUUGUCAUAGGAGUGGUAAACAGGACUGACCCUCUCUAUGAAGACUUCCAGGCUCAGAUGGAUGUUAUCGCUUCUGAUCCUGAUGAAGAGCAUGUCUACCUCACAGAUGACUUCAGGACACUUUCCACUCUGGAAAGCAAUAUACUGAGUCGGAUUUGUGAGCAGGAUGAGACAAUGGCAUUUCUACCAAAAUCUGUGUUUCCACCUAUUGACAUCUACCCAAAGGCUCCAGAAGACGGCCUCUCCAAAGAGUUCCCAGUAGAGGAAAACAUACAAGUAAAGCUGUUUCUAUUUAUCUCAUUUAAAAAAAGAUAGACGUAGAACUUAAAAAUACUGCACACCUCAGUCUUCAGGUGAUGAACAUAACAAAGCACAAUUCACCUUGUUAUGAAAAAACAGUUGACCUAAUGUUGUGAAAUGCAAAAUGCACUUUUGGUAGCCAUAGGUUGGCAUAGUAGAGGCUGUGACUUU